AUGAACAUCAUCACUCGGCCCCUCAUCCGCCUCAACUGCUCACUCGGCCGACUUGGAGCACUCAGCUUUCGAAGAACAAUGGCCUUGCACCCUCCUCCUGAUGGGGAGAAGCUAAUCUUCGCCCCUUCAUCGACGGCUCCCAUGAACAGCCAGGCGGAGCAGUUCCUCAAGCACGAGCGGACGGGGCUGCACCGCUCGGACCUGGACCCCACGUCGCCGAUCCGGCAGUUCCACGCCUGGUUCAAAUCGGCGCUGGGUGACGACGGUGGUGACUCGACCACCGCCGCCGCCGCCGCAGCCCAGCAGCUCAAGGUAUCCCACCCGGAGACGUGCACGCUGUCGACCGCGUCGCUGCCGUCGGGCCGCGUGACCGCCCGCGUCGUCUACAUGAAGGAGCUCGACGACAAGGGCUUCGUCAUCUACUCCAACUUUGGCACCAGCCGCAAGGCCUUUGACCUGUUUGGCGACGGCACGGCCGCGUCGGUCGGGAACCCGUGGGCGUCGCUGACGUUUUGGUGGGAGCCGCUCGAGAGGCAGGUGCGCGUCGAGGGCAGGGCCGAACGCCUGACGCGCCACGAGUCGCAGCGCUACUACGACACGCGCGUCCGCGGCAGCCGCAUCGGGGCUUGGGCGAGUCGACAGAGCGCCGUGCUCAAACCCCAAGCAGGAGAAGGAGGAGGAGGAGGAGGAGCCGAGGACGACGGCCGCGCGCAGCUUGAAGGGUGGGUGCGCGAGACCGAGGGCAAGUUUGCCGGCGUCGAUGACAUACCAGUGCCUGACUUUUGGGGAGGGCUGAGGAUCGUGCCGCUGCGGGUUGAGUUUUGGCAAGGGAGGGCGAAUAGAUUGCACGAUCGCUUUGUUUACGAGAGGACAGAUGAGAAGGACGCAGAGUGGACCUUGGAGAGGCUUAGUCCAUAG